CUCUCCCUCCUGUUCCAGCAGCGGCCGGUUAGCAUGAGGCAUGUCCUUGCCCUGCUGGUCGUGGUCGCGGCCGUGGCCUGCCGGCUCACCGCGGCCUACCUGCUGAUCGCGACCGAGGACGACCCGCCCGGCCAUGUGCUGUUCAACGCGUCCCUGGGCGGGCGCGGGGCCCGCACCUACUCCAUCAACAACCACCGCAGCGCCUCCUUCGUGCACCGCCUCCUGCGCGUGGACCCCGACAGCGGGCGCAUCAGCCUGCGCCACUUCCUGGACUGCACGGCCGUCUACUACCCCAACCUGUUCACGCUGCACGUGGACUCGACCGCGCUCGCCGACCCCGUCGACUACUACUCGCUGCCGCUGCGCGUGUUCGUGUCCGGGAGGCGCUGCGAGCGCGACCCGCUCGUCAGCAUCGACCUGGCGGACGAGGCCGAGGAGCAGGACGUGGCGCUGAACCGGGUACACGUCAAGGUGUCCGAGGCCAAGCGUUGGGUCAGCGAGACGCUCGCCUCCUACGCCAUCCCCAAGGCCGAGGCCACGGACUGGACGAGGAUAUGCCUCCGCAAGAGCCAGCUCGUCUGCCGCAUCAGGAACCUGCUCCCCCGCACCGUGGUGGAAAACUGCAACGUCCGCUAUGUGGACGUGUCGGACCCGCGCUUCAAGAUGGAGUUCGAGGCGGGCGACCUGGUGGCCGCGGACAGCGUGUGCAUCGCGGAGCCGCUGUGGAAGGUGACGGUGCACCUGGAGCUCAUCUGCAACACCAGCCUGGGAGAGCACAGCUGGCCGAGGCCGCAGCUGGGCGGCAGCGGGCUCAUCUCCGCCACGGAGCACCGCCUCAAGAUCGUGUUCCACCACCAGAAGUUCAACGACUCCGACAUCGCGCACCGCGUCCGCCGUGAGCUCCGCAACAUGUCUCCGUACUUCGAGCAGGCUCUGUACCUGGCCUCGGUGCUGGAGGAGCGGCCCGAGGGCGCCGUCGUGGCCACGGUCAAGGCACGCGACCCGGAGAACUCGCCCAUCCAGUACUCGAUGGUGUCGCUUCUGGACGCGCGCUCGCAGGGCAUGUUUGGCAUCGACACCAAGACCGGCGUGGUGACGACGGCCACGCGGCUGGACCGGGAGCUCGUCGACGUGCACUACUUCCGCGUCACGGCCGUGGAUGACUCGUUCCCGCCGCGCUCCGGCACCACCACGCUGCAGAUCAACGUCCUGGACGCCAACGACCACUCGCCCGUGUUCGAGGCCCCCGAGUACGAGGCGUCUAUCCGGGAGUCUGUGCCCGUCGGCUCCACCGUUGUCACGCUCAAGGCCACCGAUCAGGACAUCGACCGCAACGCCGAGGUGGAGUACACGAUCCAGAGCGAGCAGCCGGGCGAGGCGGGCGCCCCCGAGACGUUCCGCAUCGAGCCCAAGUCAGGCACAGUGUCCACGCGCGCGCCUCUGGACCGCGAGAAGGUGCAGCGCUACUCGCUGGUCAUCGUGGCCUCCGACAUGGCCGUGCCGCUGGCGGACAGGCGCUCCAGCUCGGCGACGGUCCUCGUCAACAUCCUGGACGACAAUGACAACUACCCGCAAUUCACCGAGCGCUCGUACUCCGUCACCGUGCCUGAGGACAUCGCGUGGAGCAGUAACCCCGUCAUUGCCCACGUCAAGGCCACCGACGCAGAUGAGGGGCCAAACGCCGCUAUUCGCUACGCCAUCAUCGGUGGCAAUACUCAGAGCCAGUUCGCCAUAGACACGAUGUCCGGGGAGGUAUCUCUCGUCAAGCCGCUGGACUACGAGGUCAUCAAGAACUACCGGCUGGUAAUCCGCGCUCAGGAUGGAGGCGGCCCCAGUCGGUCCAACACGACACAGCUCCUGGUCAACGUCAAGGAUGUCAACGACAACGCCCCGAGAUUCUACACGUCGCUAUUCCAGGAAUCUGUAUUGGAAAGCGUCCCGGUUGGCUACAGCAUAGUGCGCGUGCAAGCGUACGACGCCGACGAGGGUGACAACGCCGCCAUCCACUACAGCAUCGGCCCCCGGGACUCUGCGGGUGGCUCCACGGACGAGCUGCCAGUGACCGUGGACGAGAGCAGCGGCUGGAUCUUCACGACGCGCGAGCUGGACCGCGAGGAGCACAGCAAGUAUCAGUUCCUGGUCCUGGCGGCCGACGGAGGCUCGCCCCCGCGCAGCGCCACCGCCAGCGUGGUGGUGACGGUGCAGGACGUGAACGACAACGACCCCGUGUUCAACCCGCGCGAGUACAACGCCGUGGUGGCCGAGGACGACCAGCCGGGCACGCCCGUGGCGAGCGUCACGGCCACGGACCGCGACGAGAACCCCCGCCUGCACUACGAGCUGACGGCGGGCAACCUCCGGGGCCGCUUCGCCAUCACGACGCAGAACGGACGAGGCCUCAUCACGGUGGCGCAGCCGCUGGACUACAAGCAGGAGAAGCGCUUCGUGCUCGAGGUCACCGCAUCGGACUCUGGCGGGCGGCACGACACCGCGACCGUCUACGUCAACAUCUCUGACGCCAACAACUACGCGCCCAUGUUUGAGAACGCCCCGUACUCGGCGUCUGUGUUCGAGGACGCGCCCGUCGGCACCACCGUGCUCGUCGUGGGAGCCACGGACGGCGACGUUGGUCAGAACGCGCAGAUCACGUACUCGCUGGGAGGCGACAAGGAGAUCCCCGAGUUCACCAUCAACCCACAGACGGGGGCUGUCGUCACGGCCAAGCCCCUCGACAGGGAGACGGUCUCGGGCUACCUGCUGACCGUCACAGCGAGGGAUGGCGGCGCGCCGCCACUGUCCGACACGACCGACGUGGAGAUCAUGGUGGCGGACGUCAACGAUAACGCACCCACAUUCCGUCAGUCCGCCUACUCCGGUACCGUGGCCGAGGACGCGCUCAUCGGCACGAGCGUUGCUCAGGUGACCGCCUCGGACGCCGACACGGGGCUGAACGGGCGCAUCCGCUAUGCACUGAACCCUAGCGGAGCCGGCACCGACGAACCCUUCGUCAUGGACCCCACCUCGGGGGUGAUCCGCACCAACCGCAUGCUGGACAGGGAGAGCGUGGCCGUCUACCAGCUGGAGGCGCUCGCCAUCGACCGAGGGUCACCCGCGCUCUCGAGCUCCGUCAUCGUCACCAUCAAAGUGGAGGACAUCAACGAUAAUCCGCCGGCCUUCGAGUCCGACAAGCUGGUCAUGUACGUGGCGGAAAACUCCCCAGUGGGCUCCACGGUGGGAGAGAUCUACGCUAAGGACCCGGACGAGGGCGCUAACGCGCAGGUGCAGUACUCCAUCAUUGGGGGCGACGACUCGAGCAGCUUCUCGCUCAUCACCAAACCAGGCUCUGCGAAGGCCUCGCUCGUGACGAUGGUCGAGCUGGACUACGAGUCUCCCAGGAAGAAGUUCGAGCUCGUGGUUCGUGCCGCCUCUCCGCCCUUGCGCACAGACGUGCACGUCGACGUGCUCGUUACAGACGUGAACGACAACGCGCCCCGCCUCAAGGACUUCCAGGUGCUGUUCAACAAUUUCCGUGACUGUUUCCCAUCCGGCGCCGUGGGCCGAAUCCCGGCCGUCGACGCUGACGUGUCAGACCAGCUGCGUUUCCGGAUCCUCAGCGGCAACAACGCCAACCUGGUGCACCUCAACGAGAGCUCCGGACACCUCACGCUCUCCCCGCUGCUCAACACCAACGUGCCCAAGCUCGCCACCAUGGAAGUGUCAGUGUCGGACGGCGUGAACGAGGUGAAGGCUGUGAUGCAGCUGCAGGUGCGGCUCAUCACCGAGGAGAUGCUCUUCAACUCCAUCACCGUCCGGCUCGAGGACAUGACGGAGGAGGCCUUCCUCUCGCCGCUUCUGUCCUUCUUCGUGGAGGGCCUGGCCGCCAUCAUCCCCUGCCCCAAGGAGAACGUGUUCCUGUUCAGCGUUCAGGACGACACUGACGUCAACGCCAAGAUCCUCAACGUCAGCUUCAGCGCUCGCCGCCCGGACGUCAGCGGUGAGGAGUACUACACGCCGCAGUUCCUGCAAGAGCGCGUCUACCUGAACCGCGCCAUCCUCGCCCGCCUCGCGACCGUCAAGGUCCUGCCGUUCGACGACAACCUCUGCGUGCGCGAGCCGUGCCUCAACUACGAGGAGUGCCUGACCGUGCUCAAGUUCGGCAACGCUUCCGGCUUCAUUAGCAGCGACACGGUGCUGUUCCGGCCCAUCUACCCCGUGACGACGUUCGCGUGUCGCUGUCCGGCGGGCUUCACUGGCAGCCGCGAGCACUACCUGUGCGACCGCGAGGUGAACCUGUGCUACUCCAACCCGUGCCAGAACGAGGGCGAGUGCGUGCGCCGGGAGGGCGGGUACACCUGCGUGUGCGCGGCGGGCUUCACGGGCGUGCACUGUGAGACCAGCCUGGCGAACGGGCCCGGCUGCGCGCCUGGCCUGUGCCGCCCGCCGUCCGUGUGCGCGCCCCUCAUCCGCGGCGGCUUUGUCUGCGAGAAGUGCACCCUGCCGCAGGACUGGCGCACCGAGCAGUGCGAGCUGCGCGCGCGCUCCUUCACCCGCUCAGCCUUCCUGACGUUCCCCGCGCUGCGCCAGCGGCACCGUCUCCACAUCCGGCUCAAGUUCGCCACGCUGCAGUCGGACGGGCUCCUGCUGUACGACGGCCGCUACAACGAGCGCCACGACUUCAUCGCGCUCGAGGUGGUGGGCGGCGAGCUGCACUUCUCCUUCUCGCUGGGCGACGGCGUGACGCGCGUCUCGGUGGCGGUGCCCGGCCCCGGCGGCGUGAGCGACGGCCGCUGGCACACCGUGACCGUCUCGUACCUCAACAAGGCAGCCACUCUGUCCGUGGACGACUGCGACACGAGCCUCGCCAUCAAGCACGGCACGGAGCUGGGCGCGCAGUGGGCCUGCGCCAACCGCUCGCAGCACGUCCUGGAGCCGCGCUGCGACCAGCCCACCGAGACGUGCCACCGCUUCCUGGACCUGACGGGCCCGCUGCAGAUAGGUGGGCUGCCUGCGCUGCCCACCACCGACUUCCAGGUGCGCUCCAAGGACUUUACGGGCUGCAUCACCGACCUGCACAUCGACCACGCCUUCGUGGACCUCAACAGCUUCGUGGCCGACAACGGCACGGUGGCGGGAUGUCCGGAGAAGCGCCCCCACUGCGCCUCAGCCCCGUGCCAGCACGGCGGCGAGUGUCGCGAGGGCUGGGGAACCUUCGUAUGCGACUGUCCGGACAAGUGGGGCUCCAAGGACUGCAGCGAGCCCAUCAAGCUGGCGUGGCGCUUCCGGGGCGACGGCGUUCUGUCCUUCAACCCGCUGCUGCGGCCCAUCCAGCUGCCCUGGCUGAACUCGCUGUCCAUCCGCACGCUGCAGCGCGACGCCUUCCUCAUGAGCAUCCAGAUCGGCCAGAACAGCACGGCCCGGCUGUCGCUCGAGGCCGGCGCCCUCGUGUACGAGUACCACGGCGACCGCGUCGCGCUGCAGGGCGGCGUGGCGGACGGCGAGUGGCACCGCAUCGACGUGCGCUGGCUCCCCGGAGAGGUGUGGCUCGGCCUGGACCACGGCCAGCGGAGCGCGGUGGGCGCGCUGCCGGCCAAGGUGCAAGGCCUGUACGUCGGCAAGAUUCUCAUCGGCGGCCCGGACGCGGAGACCCCUCCGGCGGAGGCAGCCGCUCUGCCCAGGCUGGACGGAUGUAUUCAGGACGUGCGCGUGGGCACCCCGCAGUCGGCCCUUCAGCGGCCCAAUGUCAAGGAGAAUGUCGGCGACGGGUGCGGCAGCGGUGACGCAUGUGCCGGGCCGCUGGCCACGGACCACUGCCCCAGCGCAGCCGCCACCCCGGCGCACAGCCGCUGCGAGGCGCACUGGGAGCGUGCGUCGUGCACGUGUAACGUCGGCUACGUGGGCUCGGCGUGCGCGCCCGUCUGCUCGCUCAACCCGUGCGAGAACGGCGCACGCUGCACGCCCGUGCCCGUGGCGGACUCUGCGCCGCGCGGCUACACGUGCAGCUGCAACUCGACCGAGUUCUCGGGCGAGUACUGCGAGGUGAAGGUGGACCAGCCCUGCCCGACCAGCUGGUGGGGGUACCCCGUGUGCGGGCCGUGCCACUGCCCGGUGGACCGCGGCUACAACCCGGACUGCAACAAGGCGACGGGGGAGUGCGUGUGCCGCGAGAACCACUACCAGCCGGAGGGCUCGGACCGCUGCCUCGACUGUGGCUGCUACGCCGUCGGCUCCUUCAGCAGCCAGUGCGACCCGGUGAGCGGGCAGUGCCGCUGCCGCGCGGGCGUCAUCGGCCGCACCUGCCACGCCUGCCCCAACCCCUACGCCGAGGUGACGCUGCGCGGCUGCGAGGUGGUGUACGACGGCUGCCCUCGCAGCUUCGCCGCCGGCAUGUGGUGGGAGCGGACCAAGUUCGGCCAGACCGUGAUCGAAUCGUGCCCCGGCCACUCGCACGGCAAGGCUAGCCGCGUGUGCGACGAUGCCCUGGGCGGCUGGCAGGAGCCGGACCUCUUCAAUUGCACGUCGGAUGCCUUCCUGGACCUCAGGAGAGUGCUGGGCCAAAUGGAGCGCGGCGAGCUGAGCAUCAACAGCUUCGUGGCGGUCAAGGUGGCGUCUGACCUGGGCCGAGCAGUGAACCGAACCCAGCGGCUGCACGGCUCCGACGUGCUCAUCGACGAGCAGCUGUCGCGUCGCCUGCUCACGCACGAGCUGGGAAUGAGCGGGCUGAACCUGACUCACAGCCAGGACAAGGACUACAUCGCUCACCUCGUGCAGGCCGUGAGCAAGGCCCUGGAGCCAGACAACGCUGCCCACUGGGAACGCAUCUCCGAGCUGACGGGCGAGACGGCCGAGCACGUGAUGGUGGCCGUCGACCAGUACAUCGGCGUGCUCACGCGCAGCCAGCGCGACACCUACACCAACCCCUUCGAGAUUGUGGCCGACAACGUCGUGCUGGGGCUCGACGUGGUCACGGCGGAGAGCUUGUUCGGCUACGAGUCCCACUCCGUGAGUCGCGACGCCCCACCCACGCCGCGCCCGGAUGCGGGAGCCAGCACACCACCGCCAGGCCAGGUCGUCAUCCCGGACACAUCCCAAUUCUUGCAGCCGGCCCUGCUGCCCCUCACAGCCACCCCGGGAAGCGGAGGCAGCAGCGCCGCCGGCUCGGGAACGCCUGUCGUCGUCUUCCCCAAGUACAACAACUACCUCCAGGAUCCACGCAAGUUCGACCCCUACACGCAGAUCAUGGUGCCGCUCUCGUUGCUGGGCAUCCGCGCCGGGUACUUCGGCGAGACGAGCACGCGCCAGAGCCCCGCCGCGGUGGGGCAGGCCGUGCUGAGCUACGUGCAGUACCGCACGCUAGGGCCGCUGCUCCCGGACCGCUACGACGAGACGGUGCUGCGUCGCUGGGGGGUCGACCUGCGCGUUGGCUCCCCAGUCGUGUCGCUCGCGGCCUACGUCCCGGGCAGCGACAAGGACAAGGACCCUGUCGACAAAGAGAAGGCAGCGUACCGACCCCUGGGAGGCCACCUCAACGCUCCCGUGCGGGUGCGCCUAUGGCUGGACCCCCAGCUGCAGGUGUUGGGCCCUCGCGCCAACCCGCAGUGCGUCUACUGGAGGGAAGGCCAGUGGUCGCGCGCCGGCUGUCAGACCGAGGUGCAGCAGACUCCCAUGUGGAGGGGAGGCGUGCGGCUCCCGGUGCUCAUCAACUGCACCUGCUCGCAUCUCUCCACGUUCGCUGUGCUCGUUGAUGUCGUCGACCUGGACUAUAUUCCAGAGCCCUCGGACUUGGAGGACGCUGCCACAUGGCUCGGUUUCACUUUUGCUUUGCCUCUGCUCCUGACCGCCCUGAUAAUUCUUGCCUUCAUAAGAGGACUGGAGACCAACUCAAACUCAAUCCACAAGAAUCUAGUCUUUUGUGUGUUUUUGGCUGAGACUAUAUACUUCGCGGCUCUGAAGGCUCGCCGCUCCCUUGUCAUUCAUGAGUUUGCCUGUAAGAUGACGGCCAUGUCUCUUCAUUACCUUUGGCUGUCAGCAUUUGCUUGGGCCUUGGUUGAUUCCAUACAUCUGUAUCGGAUGCUUACUGAAAUGCGAGAUAUAAAUCAUGGACCAAUGAGAUUCUAUUACACUCUGGGUUAUGGUCUUCCUGCAAUUUUAGUGGGACUUGCAGUUGGCGUGCGAGCUGACCAGUAUGGAAACUUCUAUUUCUGUUGGCUAUCACUCUAUGAAUCAGUGGUCUGGAGCUUAAUUGGACCAGUCUGCUGUGCAGUUCUCAUUAAUCUUAUUGUCCUCCUUAUGGCCAUUCGAGCGGCGUUCACCCUUAAAGACCAUAUAAUGGCUUUUGGAAACCUAAGGACUUUAUUGUGGUUGUCUGUGGUUGCCCUCCCUCUUUUGGGAGCUACAUGGGUCCUGGCAGUGCUCGCAGUCAGUGAAAGACUGCCCAUUGUUUCCUAUGGUCUAGCGGCUGCUGUUUUCCUCCAUGCUCUUUUCUGCUUGAUUGGCUACUGCUUUGUCAAUGAGCGAGUACGCAAAAAUCUGCGCAUCACAGUUUUGAGGUGCAUGGGCAAAAAGGUUCCCUUAGUGGAGGAAACUUGUCAGACAGCAAACCAUAUGCAGCCUAGAUCAUCUUUAGCUUAUAGAAACAGCGCCCGAAUGGAGUCUUUGAGGAGGAAUAUUGGCAUAUCAACAUCAAGUACUACAUCUCGAUCAACAGCAAAGACAGGAAGCAGCCCAUAUCGUAGCGAUGGGCAUCUAAGAAAUACAAACACCUCAACAUCAACUAGCAACUACAAUUCAGGAUCUGAGUUGCCCUCCUAUUUAAGAGGCUAUGAUUCCUCAAUAACAGGAGGUGGCCAACUUGGAAGACACAAUGAAGAUACUGAAGAUGGCCCCAGUAACACUGACAAGAGAACUACUACUGGCCACACAUCAGAUUCUGAUUCAGAGGCUUCUGUUGAUGGACGAAGCCUGGAACUCGCAUCAAGUCACAGCAGUGAUGAAGAUGAAAGUUCCCAUCACAACAGCUCACGUCGUAGGAGGCAUCAACGAGGCUUAGGGGUAUCAAACCAUUCAACGACAUCUGCUGAAACUGCAGGGACAAAUCCUCCCUCAGUACAAGCAUCAACAUAUAUGCCAAAUAUUUACCCCAUAGCAGAAGGUGAUGUUUCUCCCACUGACAUGGUACAACCACCUCCAACACUCAAUAUAGUGAGCAAGGCAGCUCUUUUUCCAAACCUAAAACCUAUGUAUGCUCCACGUUGGUCAAGUCAACUUCCCGAUACUUAUGUAACAGCCAACAGCAUGCUAGAUAGCAUGAGCCUCCGUAAUAAUCAGUGGUCUGGGCUGACAGAUUUAGACCAUUAUUAUAAGGAUUAUCAGGGGAAGACCUCAGCAUCUCCAAGUCCACACCCACUUCCACAGUUAACUAAAAUGAUGUCUUCAUCAGAUAAUUUUCAUGAACUAGGGGAAGUUGGAUCUGAAACGGAAGAGAAAGUUCACAUGGGAGACAAAUAUUUAUUCCCUUACACAGCUGAAGAGGACCACUGUGGGAGAUCAUUGAGUCUAAAUUUAGGCAUGGGACUUAGCAAUAAUUAUGAACUGCCCCAUGUUGGCAUGGAUAAUGGAGUUGGAAUGGGAGGCGACAGCACAGGUAGAGGAUCUCCAAGCCCCCUUCAUCAUCCAGGAGCUUUAACAUCAUCAAAUGUUUCAGAGUCAGAAGAUGAGACAAGAUGGCUCACUCAGGAAAGAUACCGAGGAUAUGAGUGAGACACCUGUAUGAACAAAUCGAUAGAAGAAUAGGGUUUUCUUUCCCACCAAGUGUAUAAAAAUAUCUUUAAUUAAUGCUCAAGAAAAGCUGUGUACAUUUGUGAAAAGAAUAAUUUAGAACAAGCAUGUGAACAGAUUUUACCUACAUGCAGAGUUGUGAUAUCUUAGUUAAGUUAAAUGAAAUCAUAUUAUAUGCCAUAGUGUGUGGCAAAGCCAGCUUGCCCUGCCAGUUUAAGCCCGCUCUGUGGAGCAUGUCAUACACUGUUAAAAUUAUGAAGCUUUAUUUAUUUCAUGUAUAGUAAAUUUGUAAAAUAAGACUUUAGAAAAGCAGUUACUGAUUUUCUGCAUUAUUGCAAGAAGGCUGAUUUAAUUUAAUAACAUUUUAAAUGUAUUAUUUUAAGAAGAGAACUAGAAUGUUAUAUCCUAUUUGUUUAAAUCUCUAGUGGAUUGUUUUACAAAUUAAUCAAUGUGCAACUCAAUUUUUUUUCAUGCACUGAUUUUUUACUCACUAGACUAGUCCAUUUCCAGUUAUUUACUAUUGGUUAUUUUAAGAACUCUUUGUAUGUAGUAUUUAUCCAAGACAAAUCUUGCAGAAUUGUUCCUUGUGUCAUGGAAUCUCCUCUUUGCUUGAAAUGUGCAUGUGGUGUGGAUUAUUUUUCUCAUCACACAUUAAUUUAUUUGUGAUACUUCCAAAAGUAACUUUUCUUUCAUCUUUUUCUUUCUCCGUCCAUUUUAUGUUAUUGUUUGUUGAUGAUUUAAUUUUGUGCCAAACAACAUUUUUUCUCACUUAAAAGUACUAGUGCGGGUUCAGUUUUGUUAUCUCUACUUCUGAACAGCCUUGUUAUUUUUGUGUAUACUCUUCUUUCAGAAAAAAAAGGGUAUUUGCUUUGCUAGAUUGCUGGAAUGCACAAAAAACACCACUUUUUGGCUGUAUCAAAUUGUAUGUAAUUUAUCAUGUCAAGGACCAAAAAUUGAUUUUUUAUUGUUUGUGAGUUAGAAGUAGCUAUGUUUUGAUGAAUCAACUCAAAUUUUUUAAAGCUUUUCUUUGGACCAAUUAUGGUUAAAAAAAAUUAAAGGAGAUACAGUCUCUGGUCAUCUAUUUUAAAGCAAUUUGACUAUCCCAGAUAGAAAUCCAAAUCAUACCACACUCUAUGGUAUAUUAAAUUUGUAAAGACUAAAUCCAUCCAAGCUUUUCUUAGGUCUAAUGCAUUCCUCAUGUACAGAAAUUGAACUAGGGAUCUAUCUGUGAUACCAAUUAGGAGGUGGAACUACUCAGGAAAUGCUCUUCAAACCCACGCAAAAGACCGAGAUUUGUCACAAUGACAUCAACUGAAGUCCCUGGUCAUCUUGACUGUCAGAAAUGACGUCAAACAAUAAGAACCAUUGUUUUUUUCACAAAACAGACGACAAUUCAAAAACCAUCAUUGUCGUUCAAAAAUCAAAUUUGCUGUUGGGACUGAAAGUAAAUUAAAAUGAAGAGCUCUAAUUGUGAAAGGUCUCAAAGGACAGAAAUUUGACACAAUGCCAUAAAUUGACGUCACUGGUCAAAAUUUAGUUGCCUUGACUGUCAGAAGUGACAUCACGAGGACGUCACGACCUCACUUAUGUCAGUCAAGAUGACUAAAUUUUGACCAGUGACAUCAAAGCUAUAUCGUUUUGACAAAUUUCCGUCCUUUGUGAUUCAAGGGCUUGGUAGAUAUUUGGACUUCUGACUGGUGCAGUUUUAGUACUAAGGUAAGAAUUUGUGAAGUUCCCUUCCUGUUUGAAUAUUUUUGUAUAUAACAUUAUUUGUGUACAUUAACUGUAAACAUUUUUGUGAACUGUGUAAAUCAAUUUCUUUGUUUUGUCAGCACAUUGAAGAAACAAUGUUACCCUAGGUUCUAUGCAAUUCCAGCUUGUGAUUUUGUGUUACAGUUACAAUUAUGGUGUUUAAGAAAGACAAAAACUUGUUCAUUAUGACGCAGACUUGCUGUGCAAUCAAUUGUUCUUACAAUAAAUAAUAAAAAAUUAAGAGUACAAAUCGAA